GCGUGGCUACAAACGAUGACGCAAAAGCCGCGAAAAUCAAAACUAUCUGCAACUUGUGGCGACUGUUUUCAUCCGAGUUACCAGCUUCAUUUUUAACACAAAACAUUAAAAACACUUACGGGAACAUGGAGGGAGAGUCUACCAAAGGUGUUUUGAGUCACCUGAGUCUGCUGGAAGUUCAGGCACGAAGCCGUAAAAGUCAUCCUCCGCAGCCGAGACUUGUGAAGGAGCUGCAGGCUAAAGCUAAAGCGCUGAUGGUUCAGAGAGAGCAGCUGAAGGCGGAGAUAGAGACACACAAGAAUCUCCAGAAACUCAGGAAAUCUAUGGAAAAACAGUGUACAAAUGAGGAAGAAGAGGACGAGGAAAUGGAUGAAGACUCUGAGAACUCGCAGCUAUUGCGAUUGAUGGCCAAACACUCACAACUGAAAGACCUCCUGAACGCUCAUCACGUCAUCGGUGGGUACAACGUCAUAAAGACCCGUCAAGGUAAAGGACUGUGCGUGUCUGUGGCUACGGCCUAUGAGGGCGUCUACUUAGAAACCUACAACCUGGAGAUGGACCUGAAGCCAACGCUGAGGAUCAGUCGUCACAACAUCCCUCCGUUCAUCCCUUUAAACAGUCUGGCUGAGCAGAGCAACAUGCAGACUGACAUACGGACUCUUCUGGACCCCCUCAGCCAACAUCUCAAUGCCUUCGCAGGUCGCAAGCAGCAGCUGAAGCUCGUUAAGGAACUCCAUAAGUCAGUGGAGGUGAUGGAGAGUAAUGUUUUGUGUUCAUUACUGGUGCUGAUGUUCACGGUGCCGAGAGAGAAGACGGCUGUUCUCUGCUCGCUGGAGUACAGCGACCACACCAGGUGUCUUCCCACAAGAGUUCACUUUGAAAGUGAAGACAAGGAGCUUCCUGAUUCUCCAGAGUGGAGGAAAAACUGCAGCCUGCUGUCGGAAACUCCUGUGCACAAAGCUUUGACAGCCAUGAGGAAGAUGGGGAAUAUUGUGUAAUUUAUUCAAAAAUAUAAUUACAUUUUUCUACAUUUUAGUUGAAAAAUAUGUACAUUCUUAUUGUUUAUAAUAAAACACUGCUACUUAAA